AUGCUUAUUCUGCACUCGGUCGCAGCGCGGAGUGUGGACGGAGAGAUGCACGGCGCGGAGAGCGACAGCGGCCUACCUACCAGGAGCACGGCUCGUAAAUUCUAUUUUAAAGGGUACGAAGGAUGGGUCGCGGGGAGGCGCGGGGGGUCGCGCACGUGGCAGCGGGCGCCCGCGGAGCGAGGCGGCGAAGGCGCGACUCUCCGGGAGCCGCGCGCGCCGCGCACUGCCGUCGCCGCCGCCGCCGCCGCCGCCCGCCCGCGC